CCCUUUUGGAACCCCAGCUGGCCAUGUUUUUCCUUUCAGGAUUUGUUUCGAGCUUGAAGUUGGAGGCGAAAUCGAGGGCUGUGGGCUGAGGAGAGAGGUUGAGAGGUUGGGAGCGGGACAUUGAGUAGCAGUACCAGGUAGUUGCUGGUGGGGAUCGAGGCGUAGGAUGUGCUGCCCAGCGAUGAUGUGCGGAGCGGGCGGGUGUUCCGGCUGUGCCGCCUGCCCGCUGAUGCCGCCACCGUCGUGCUGUGCCCAGAUGGCGGACGGGUCGUGCCCGCGACGGCCCCUGGAGAAGCUGAUGCCGGCCAAGAAGCCGAUCUGCUGCCCGGUGCAGUCGUGCGCCCUGUGCGCCCGUGAUCCGGAUCAGGCAUGCCGAUGCACCUGCGCCCGCAACAAGAACAUCACCGAGGCACUGGCCUGCCUGUUCCGGGUUAGCAAGUACCAGCUGAUAUCGACGCUCUUCCAGCUGGCCUACCACGAGAGCCAGCCGCUGCCGCGCUUCCCCCGCGACCGCGAAUGGAACGUCAUGGAGAACGUGAAGGCGCCGUACACGGAGCUCCACGAUCUCAAGAUCUAUGACAGCAUGUACGAUCGGUGCGGGAUGCCCAUUAAUCCGCUGGACGAGAGCAACAUCUACAAGAUACUCCGGAUGAUGUUCAUGGGACCGGUACUGGUGCCGGAGCAGAAGGCCUACCUGAUGGGGAUGCUCCGGAAGCUGAACGAUCGUGCGAUCUGUCCGGUGGAUUUGGACAUUCUGCUGGCGGCGCUCGAGCAGAUCCAGCUGGAGGAGCUGGUCUGCGGCAUCAUCGAUCAGGAUGCGCGGGCCAAGCGCUUCUACAGCGGCCGGCACUGCACCGAGCUCUGCAAGCUCUACCAGAAGGUGGUGGCCACCGACAAGAACGCCGUCAUCCGGAAACGCCGCCAGGCCAAGUCCAAGGCCUCUGACAAGGAUGCCGAUGGCAAGAAGAAGCCGCAACGGAACAAGCCGCCAGUCAACGUCCAGGUCUACUGCACCCGCCGGCCAACAGAACCGACGGAGGACUCCACCGGGCGGGCGGAGAGCACUACGCCGGUGCUACGGAGCGCGGCCAGCUCGCUGCGACGCUCCUCCGUGAAGAAGAACUGGCCAACGCGAUUCAGUCAGGUGGACAAGCAGGGAGACAGGACGACCCCGCGCCGGGAAUCGCGCAGCUCCGGCGGCUCCCCGAAGCGCAACAACCCGGAGAUGCCCAACGUGGGCAAUCGGAUGCAGGGCGGGGACCACGGCCAGUGGAGCAGGAGCAGUGCCUCCUACCUGAAAGUGUUGCCUCCUACCUGAAGGUUUCUCCAUCCCAGCCGGUGCAUUAAAUUCCAAAUUUCUGUCAA